AAUUUCUUAUCAGUAAUCAGUGUGCACUGUGCAGUGUGCAGAAUGGCAGAAUACGUUGAGUACCAAAAGAUUAGCUAUUUCUGAAGUUGUGGGUCUACCGGAGGAGAGACUUACAUUAAAUGAGUCAGUUUUUAUCAAAAAGUGAACCAUGGUUGUCACACUAUUAGAUGGGGGUGUUUCCACGCAGUUAGCUAACCAUGUGGACAUCUCAACAGUUGAAAAGGGCGAUCCCCUUUGGUGUGCUAGAUUCUUGGUUACAGAUAAGCAAGCUGUCAUUAACACCCAUCGAGAUUAUGUCAGAGCGGGAUCGGAUAUUAUUGAAACUAACAGCUAUCAAGCAAGCAUUCCUGGAUUUAUGAAAUAUCUCAAUCUAAGUUUUGAGGAAAGUGUAGCUCUGCUCCAAGAGUCAGUCAAUUUAGCCAAACAAGCAAUUGAAGAAGAAAAAAAAGUAAAUCCAACCAUUGGAAAUGUUUUAGUUGCUGGCUCUUGUGGUUCAUAUGGUGCCUUCCUUCAUGAUGGCUCUGAGUAUCGAGGUGAUUUCAUGGAUAGAGUCAGUCUUGAAGAAAUUACAUCCUUUCAUGAGCAGAGAAUGAAAGCAUUGGUUGAUGCUAAUGUAGAUCUAUUAGCCAUUGAAACCAUUCCAACACAAGCUGAGGCAGAAAUCCUAACUGAGCUCCUCAAAAAAUUUCCGGGCAUCAAAGCUUGGAUAGCGUUUUCAGUAAAGGAUGAGUCUCAUUUAUCAUGUGGGGAUGAUUUUGUCAAAGCAGCUACGUCUGUUUGGUCCAAAAAUCCAGAGCAAUUAAUUGCUGUAGGAGUUAAUUGUCUCAAUCCAAAUUUUGUCAGUCCUCUUGUUUCUCCAAUCGUUAAACAAAUCCCAAUCAUUGCAUACCCCAACAAAGGUGAACUGUGGGAUGGUGUAAAUAAAAAGUGGGUCGGUCAAGAUGGAGAGAAUGUGAGGCCUCUGAUUGAUUAUGUUUCAGACUGGCUUGAUUUAGGCGUUUCUUACAUUGGUGGUUGCUGUCGCACAUCUGCAAGUGAUAUUGCUGCCUUCAGGCAGCUAAUUGAUUCCAGAAUAAAAGGUUCCAAAUAACUUUUAGUUUUCUUUGUUUUUAUUUUUUACCACUUUUUUGUUAUCUGUACCUACAUGUAUGAUGUACAUUGUAUUACACUUGUUGAUUUUUUAUUAUUAAAUUCUAUUUUUAAUUAACUGAAUAAA